CACUCUUCCCUAUUCGCGGGUAGACGUCAAUUCACACACCUAACCUCCAUCGUCGUCGUCUGCGCGUUAUCUCGUUGUCAUAGAGUGUAAGAAAUGUGGCAUACUAGUGACGAUAUCGCGAUUUCGUCGUAAAUCCUCGACAACGACGAGAUUUGCAUCCUAUCAAUGUCGACCACUUAUCAACAAAGAAAUAAUACAACACUUCAAAACUGAAAUUAUGAGUGACACUUAACAGUUACGUUCAAGUCUAACACCUACUUCUUAAACACCUUUCAACUAGUUUUUUGUAUGGCAUUCAGGUGUAAAAGCUGAACGUGACAAACGUGCAGCCAGGUGGACUAUGUGAAACCAAUAUGAAAUACAACAUAACUAACAUUCCUUGUUAUUUAUUAAAAGAUAUUUUUAACUAUGCAUUUUAAAGACAUAUAAGGGCUGUAUUACUUAUAUUUUAAUGUGAAAGCUUUAUUUAAUUAAUUUAAGUCAAUCAAACAUAUUCAUAAAGACAAUAACAACAUAGAUAUGUUUGGAAAAUUUAAGACAGCACUUAUGAGUGCAGUUGGUGCAAGUGAAUUAGGUUUGCAGUAUCCUAAUGAUUUGGACAAUGAAUCAGUUACUGACUUGAUAAACUCUAAUUUACCAAUUACUGUUGAAACUAAACCAUACAGUAGACCAAGUUUUCUUGGUUUGACAAAUGAAGAAACUCAGGUGAGUGCAGAUCAUAGAGUGAGACCAAUUAUAGUGCCCAGAGAUCUGAGCAGACUGCCAUGGUGUGCUGGUUAUGCCGAAUGCAUAAAUGCAGGAAAAAGUACAUGGAAUGAAGAUCAAGCUACCGCAAUGCGGGGUGAUUUGAAGCUAACGGACUCAAACACAAGUUUACCUUAUGUUAUGUUUUCUAUGUUUGAUGGCCAUGCUGGCUAUCAAGUGGCUCUAACAGCAAGAUUACACUUGCAUAGAAUAAUAUUGGAAAGGUUAAUGGCAAUACCAGGUGACAUGAUCCUAACAGAAGAUGAAGCAGCUACAGUAAGAGGGAAAGAAUUAGUGAUCGGAGCAAUUGAACUGGCAUACAGGCAAAUGGACCAGAUGGUAGAGCAGCAAGCCCAAAGAGGAGGGGGUGGCUGUACCUCCCUUACAGUUUUAUUCUUAAAUGGUAGACUUUAUGCUGCUGGAGCUGGUGAUUCUAGAAUUAUAAUGGUACUUGGAGAAACUGAAAAAGCACUCACAAGAGAUCAUACACCAGACUCUGAGUCGAGUCGAGUUAGGGGAUUAGGUCAUCUGAAAGGUCCAGAGCUAUUGAAGGGUCAAUUUACACCAUUGGAGUUCAAAAAGAGACCUUUACAAAGAGAUCUGGGCUCAAUGAUUCUGUACAGAGAGCCAUACAUGACAGGUUGGGCUUACAAAGUGAUGUCCCUUCCUGACCUAAGACUACCACUUAUAUCUGGACAGGGUAAAAGAAGCAGAGUAAUGGGUACAAUAGGAGUUACUCGUGGUUUUGGAGACCAUGGUUUAAAGGCAGCUAAUACAGGCGUCAGUAUUAAGCCGUUCUUGUCAUCUCAACCAGAAGUGCAAUCAGUAGACUUAGAAGAAUGCAAUCUUACGGAAAGGGACUGUAUUGUUAUGGCUACUGAUGGUCUCUGGGAUGUUGUUUCUGACAAAACAGCAGCUAGUAUACUUAGGAAAACACUUGCACCUGAUAAUCCUUCAUUAGAAUAUAGAUUGACAAUGGGCGCACAAGAGUUAGUUCAAGCAGCCAGAGGUAGACUUGUAGGCAGAGCAUGGAGAUUGAAGUCAGAGAUACAAGAGAAUGGUGAAGAAACUGAGAUAGUAUCAAUGGCAUCAGUUGAUGAUAUAAGUGUUAUGGUUGUUCCCCUGUAUCCUUACCUGUGUGAACACAGGCAAUGGGUAAAAACGCAGCAACAAGAACGACGACAUUCAUUAAAUUCACUACCGCAAACUAUCACAAAUGACACAACCUAAUAUACAAUUUUUCAUUUUACCUCAUAUUUUAUGGGAUUAGAAAAUAGUAGAAUGAAAUUUUAUUUCAAAAGCUUUUUAAUUGAAACAUUACUUUGUCUUUCUUUACAAAUUAUAAAUUAAUGAAAUUGAAAAUUUAUUCUUUUUAAUAGUCAUAAGAUGUUUUAAUUGAUCUACAAAUAAUUAACAUUUUUUAUCAAUACUUCAAUAAGAAAUGCAAAAAGCUGUAGAUGAAAAAGAUGUUUUUACAAACCAUGUUAUAUCAACUUAGGAUAAUUUUAACAUUAAUUAAUGAAGAGACAAUUUAAAACUGCCAAUUAUGCUUUCUCCAAAAUAUAAUUUUACAUCUGUAUGCAUUUAAUUUGUUUGUGCAAAAAAAACAGUACAUUCCAUUUUUUCUAGUUGAAAUAACUAUAAUGCAUUUCAGGAUCAUUUUUAUUACACUUUAAUGUUGUGAAGUAUUACAUAAUUUUAUUGAUUUAUGUGCAGUUUUUAUUUGCAAAAUAGAUGGAACAUUUUAAACAAUUUACCAAGGACUAAGAUAAUAUAUAAGAAUUAAGUAGAAAUUGUAAAUAUGAUAAAUAUUUUUCAACAGUCAAAAUUAAUAAUUAUAAGGAAGCAUUAUUUUGAGUAAU